AAAGGCCCAAAUCCAAAAUUCGAGAGUUCGGACCCUGUGAAGCGCGGCAAAUGUAUCUGUAGCAAGCUCUCUCUCUCUAGAAAGGUAGUAAUAUCUUUCUCUCUCUCUAGAAAGGUAGUAAUAUCUCUCUGUAUAUCGAUUAAUCCCUCUAUCGGGGGACUAUACGCACAAUUUUUGCUCGCGCGAAGAGGAAUACCUCCAUUAAUCAGCGGAGGUUUCUCUGCAAUUCUAUCUCUAAGAGGAGUGCAAGAAACCCCAAUUCAAGAUGAUUCUGAGAACUCCACCAAAGAAGAGGAAAUCGGAACCCCUUCCUGCCAUAACAGCUGAUAACCAGUUGGUGAUAUAUGAAGACCCAAAUCCCGAAUCGCCCCAUCAAGUAUCCGAACCAUUGAUGUGUACCUACCAAUGUCGUCAAAUGGUGAAAGCUGACUUUUUGGAAGCAUUGAGCUCCAACGAGAAGGAAGUGGACUCUUUGCAAUCCAAACUCGAGCAGGUGAAUGAAGAGAUGCAAAGAAAAGAGGUGGAAAGCAAGAAGUUUGAAAGUCGCCUACGUUUUGUGGAGCAAGAACUUGCUGCUGCCAAGGGGCGAGAACAGAUGUUGCAGAAGCAGUACAUGAAGGAUGUGACUGAUUUUCAGGAAAGACAUCAAAAAUUACUAAAGGAUUAUAGUGAACUUGAGGUAAAGCUUAAGAAAGAAGUUAACAUUCGAAAAAAUUUGGAGUCAACAGCAACUGCUGCUGAAGAAAAAGCCUUGAUUUUAGAGGAGAAGCUUCAGAAGCUCACAGAAAUAGCAGAAAGGGAGAAAAAGCAUCUCCAAAACGAGCUCUCAUAUUUCCAGAAUGAUUCCAGGCUCUCUGUUUCUAAAAUCAAUGCAGAGCGUGAAUUAUUCGAAUGCAGAGCAAUCAAUGCAGAGAAGGAAGCAGAGCUUUUCAAGAGGCAGCUAUUUGAACUAAAAAAUCAGCUAGAAGAGUGUAUACAGAAGAAAAAUGAAGCAGAGAACAAGCUUCUAAGCUUAAAUGUGCCAACACAAGAACCUAAUUCUGAGGGAACACGCAUUCGAAUAAAGAAUCUGCAAGAUGAGCUUCGCAACUAUGAAUCUGAGGUGCAAGAGGCUAGGAAGUUGAAAUCCUUCCAUGCAAAUGCUGAAUUGCUAAAGGAGAAGAUCUCAGAAGAAAGGUUUCGCAGGGAACAGGCAGAAGCCGAAUUAAUUAAAGUUCAAGAGUCGCAAACUAAAGUGGACAAGUUGCAGGAUGAAUUGAUGCCUUGGAAAUCAAUGAUUAAAGAAAUACCGGGUGCAGAAUGUUGUGAAGACAUCCCCAAAAAGUUUGCCGUUAUGCAAAAAGAGUUAGUAGAAAGCAUGCUUAAAGUGGGAGAGGUCAAUGGGCGCUUGAAAGAACUGGAGAUAACUUUGGAAAAAGCUCUCUUAGAUAAACAGGAUGCUGAAACACAAUUGGGUCUGGCGAAAAAGAAAGAGGAGGAGAUGUUCUUGGAGCUUAAGAGGCUUGAAUUGACUGUCACUUCAAUUACUGGAGAGAGAGAUCGGCUAUGGGCUUUGAUUGCGACAUAUGAGAAAGAGGCAGCCAUUGCUGGAAAGAUGGAUGGGACUAGUGGAACUGGUGGGGCAGAUGAAAACCGUGUCAAGGAGCUUGAAUUAUCCCUUGCAGAAAAGGAACACAUGGUUAGUGAACUCGAACAUAGUUUUUGUGAGCAGAAGGAAGUAAUUGGUAACCAGCAUCGUGAAAUAGAGUUGCUUAGUGAACGGCUGAACAAUGAGGCAAGGAGGAUAAAGUCAUUGGAGCGUGAAGGUUAUCGGCUUCGUUCUGAGAUAUCAUUGCUAGAGUCCAAGUUGGGUCAUGGAGAUUAUUCGGCUGCAAACACAAAGGUACUGAGGAUGGCAAAUACGCUUGGUGUUGACAAUGAAGCAAAGCAAACCAUAGAAGCAUUACGUGAUGAGCUGCAAAAGACUCAAGCAAGGCUAAAAGCUGUAGAGGAAUUCAAAGGACAGACAGAUGCUGGGCAUCUUGUUGACUCUUCCAUAACUGAGAAACUUGCAGAGCUUAAGAAACAGAUUGCAACCCUAGAGAAGCGUGAAGAAAGAUACAAGACAGUAUUUGCUGAGAAGAUCUCCAUUUUCAGACGAGCAUGCUGUGCACUUUUUGGUUAUAAGAUUGUAAUGGAUGAUCAACAACGGCCGAAUGGAAUCCCUGUGACAUUCUUUACCCUGCAUUCUAUAUAUGCUCAAAGUGACGAUGAGAAACUCGAGUUUGAAUAUGAAUCUGGCAACACUAAUAUAGUGAUGAACACUUACACCUCUCAGCCUGACAUAGCCCAGCAGAUGGAGAUAUAUGUACGGAAAUGGAAUGCUAUUCCUGCAUUUACCGCCAAUUUGACAGUGGAGUCGUUCAGCAGGACGACCAUCAGUUAGCCCUGUCGAUGGCCUGUGUGUAUCUGUAAACCAUGGUGCUAAGUACAGAAAUUAGAAUUGUUCCCAAUUUUGUCUCGUGUGUGUGUGAGAGAGAGAGAGAGAGAAGAGAGAGAGAGAGAGAGUUCAUUUCUGUAGUACCUUAAUAAUGUGUUGUUGAAUGUUUGCAAUAACAUUUUAGCAUUUCGCUUGGCAAA